ACCAUCGAAUAAGAAGAGAAACAUCAUUUUUCUUUUGUUCUCUCUCAGACCUUGAAAACUAGGGUUUGCCAUUUACAUUUUCCCUUAAAUAUACUUCGAUCCUUCAUGUUUUUAUGGUACCAAAGCCAUCAAUGGCUUCCUUAGAUCAUGGCCUUUCGAGCGAUCCUACCCUUGCCACUUGAUUUUGCCGAUUUCCUUAGAAAUGCUCUUGCUUUUCAAGUUUUUGAAGAAGUUUUUCUCUUUGUGUUUGAUGUCGUUUUGACUUCUGCUCUCUGAAGUCUCUGGUGCAUGAUUUUAUAUUUCUCGUUUGUGUUUGAGUGAAUUAAAGUCCUAAAUUUUGGCCGUGUGAGUUUAAGUAUGGGUUCUACUGGUGAUUCCUUAACUGCUUGUAUUGUUUCCAUUUUUGUUGAGUAGUCUCACCCAUUGUACCUCUAUCCCUCCCAUUCCCUCGGGAUUAUACUGGUUUCCAGCACUUUCAAUGGGCUGGGUUAUGGAAGUUGGAGAAGAAACAUGCUAAUAGGGUUGUCCUGUAAGAAUAAAUUAGGACCGAUCAAUGGAUCAGUUGCUAAGCCAAGUGCCGAAUCUGCUUUGUAUGAAGCUUGGUGUCGAUGCAAUGACAUGGUCACUGCAUGGAUACUCAAUAGCCUUGAUAUUGAGAUUAGAGAAAGUGUAAUGUACACUGAGUCAGCUCAAAAGUUAUGGAAGAAAUUAAGCAAAGGUAUGGCAAACCUAAUAGGACUAAGGUGUUCCAAAUUCGCAAGGACUUAUCUUCCAUUUCCUAGGGUUCUUCUUCGAGUGCAUCCUGAUUUUUUAAAUUAAAAAACUCUGGGAUGAACUUGCCUUCUCUGUUUCUUAUCAAGAGUAUGUAUGUGGGUAUUAGGAAGCUUUUUAAAAAAUGAAGAAGAUCAAAACGUUCAUCGGUUCUUAAUGGGGUUGAAUAAGUCAUAUUAUGGAGUCAGAAAAAACAUUCUUUUACUGAAGCAUCUACCUGAUAUCGACACUGUAUAUGCUAUGCUAAUUGUGGAUGAAAGUCAGGUUGAUAUCAAGCCCCUAAAUUCUCUGUUUGGUUCAGAAUCUGCAUCCUUUUCUUCUAGGACACAAAAACUAUUUGCAUCAUUUUCUACUUUACUGCUUUUACACAAAAAAGUCAAUUUGGACAAUUCAAAGAGGAGUAAUGGCAAUAUGAUAUACAAAUACUGUAGAAACUUGGGGCAUUCCAUUGACAAGUGUUAUAAGCUUCACGGUUAUCCUCCUGGUUUUGGGUCUAAAUUCAGGAAAACUGUAGCAUGUGUCGAAGCCUCAGAGUCAGGGGGGUUCUGAUACUUCCAGUAGUGACUCUUCUAAAGCCAUUCCGGUUGGUGUUGGGGGUCACUUAAUGACUAAGGAGCAGUAUGAUCACCUUGUUUCGUUUCUUUAACAUUCUAGGGUCUCUUCUGCUGCUCAGGAAUUCACCACUGGAUCUGCCAACUUCGCAGGUCUGUUUGGUAAUUCUGAUUUUAAUAGUUGUGGGUUCUAUGCUUGUAAUUUUAGGAUAGAGGAUACUUUAUGGAUGAUAGACUCUUGUACAACGAAUCACAUGACUCCUCACAAGUCCUUGCUCACUGACAUCAAACCUUUGCAUAUACAUUGUCUUAUAACCCUUCCUAAUGGUUAUAAAGUUAAGGGCCCUUUUCUGAAGAAGCCACUAGUUCUUGAUAGACUUCAGAAGGGGCUGUAUAAUUUACAAACUGAUGAGAUAUGUUUUUCUGAUUCUUCUGGAAGUUCCUCUGUGAAUACCACAACUGCCAAUUUGAGACCAAUGAAUAAGAGCAGUUUUAAUUCAAGUUCUUGUGCUUCUGUGUCUCAUGUUGCUUCUACUCUUUCUAUUGCUUCUUUUUCUGCAUUGUCUUUUGAUCAUGCUUGGCAUUUAAGGCUAGCACAUUUAACUUUUGCUAAAAUGAAAACAAGACAUUUUCUGUCUGACAAACUUCCUAAAAAGCAAAGUUUUAUUUGCCCUAUUUGUCCCAUUGCUAGGCAGUAAAGGCUACCAUUCCAUAGAGUUCCACUUAUUCUCUUUCCCCUUUUCAGUUGUUUUAUGUAGAUAUAUGCCACGACCCAAAAUUCACAAGUCGUGAUAGCACCUAACUCGACCUGUUAGGUCAGCCAAUUAAUAUUUAACACAAUCCUAAUAAAAUAAAUGUGAUCAAUCAUCGAUAUAACUGAAUUUCCAUACAAAAUUCCAAGGACUAGUAGUACAAGACAUGAGCUACUAAGACUAGAUUGUUGCAAAAACAGAUAUUAAAUAAAUACAACUUAUGUUUGAAAUGUACUUAAACAGAAUUCAUCUAUAGGACUACCCAGGGACAAGUGGUAGCCACAUCCAGAAGGCACGAACGUCUUCAGAGUCAGCUCCCGACAUCAAUCGCAGC